UAGGGUUUCUUCCAUUUUGUGAGAGAGUGUGAGAGAGAAAGCUUCAUCCUGCUCUGAAGAUGCCGGCCGGCCAUGGACUUCGAUCCCGUACCAGAGACCUCUUCGCCAGGCCUUUCAGGAAGAAGGGUUAUAUUGCUUUGACCACCUAUUUGCGGACAUACAAAAUUGGCGAUUAUGUCGAUAUCAAGGUGAACGGCGCCGUCCACAAGGGUAUGCCGCAUAAAUUUUACCAUGGUCGCACAGGCCGUGUAUGGAAUGUCACAAAGCGUGCCAUCGGCGUCGAGAUCAACAAGCAGGUGGGCAACAGAAUUAUCAAGAAGAGAAUUCACGUCCGUGUCGAGCAUGUGCAACCUUCUCGAUGCACCGAGGAGUUCCGUUUGCGGAAGGUGAAGAAUGACGAGCUGAAGGCUGAAGCCAAGGCCAAAGGUGAAGUCAUUUGUACCAAGAGGCAACCAGAAGGCCCCAAACCAGGGUUCAUGGUUGAAGGUGCUUUAAUGGAGACUGUGACUCCUAUUCCAUACGAUGUCGUUAAUGAUCUCAAGGGUGGCUAUUAGAAUUUUCUCCUCUUUGAACUUAUCUUGUUUUGGUUGGCUUAUUUUUGUUUGAUCUCUGAACUGCUUGGAUAGUACAAUUCUCUUUAUGCUUCUAAAUUUUGGAUACCAAACUUAUGAAUUGAAUUGUUUCUUAGUUUCUGGUUUCGGCCAUUAGCUUGAGUAAACUAGUGUAGUUUCAGCUUUAUUCAAAGUGAUUUUUGUUAAGAUA